ACGACUUUCGUUGCUAUUUCACGCGAAACUGUCGAAACUGCGUUCCAGUAACGCUUCGUUCCUCAAAUCUUCAGCAUGGACAACAUUAAGAACAAGUCUGCCGUGAUCACAGGAGCCGCCAGAGGACUUGGUUACGCGUUUGCACAGAUACUGCUGCAAAAUGGAGCAAGGGUGGUGGCCAUUCUAGAUUUGACCUCUUCGUCAGGUCAGGCGUCGGCGGCCACUUUGGAGAAAGAGUUCGGGAAAGGGAGAGCGGUGUUCUUCCCUUGCGAUGUGUCCAACAGAGAACAAUUCAAAGAAACGUUCAGGAGAGUUGUGAACGCUUUCAAAGGCGUGGAUAUUUUCAUUAACAACGCUGGUGUAUACGACGAACUGAAUUGGGAGAGGACUCUUCGUAUAAAUGUUGGUGGAGUGAUCCAUGGAUCGUUGUUGGCCAUAGAUCACAUGGGCAAACACAAGGGUGGCAAAGGUGGUAUCGUGGUGAAUAUUUCGUCGCUUGCUGGCUUGUUGAACCUACCUAUAAGCCCGGUCUACUCUUCCGUCAAACAGAACGUCAUCUCGUUCAGUCAGUGUUUACAGGCGAGUUUUGAGACCACCGGCGUUCAUGUAAUGGUGCUGUGCCCUGGCCUGACGGAAACGACGAUCACGGACGACGCGUCGAUGAAGUCGUUCGAUUUUAUCGAUUUCGCCUCGUGGAUGGAGAAGCUGAAUGCUGCAAGCCAUCAGAAGCAAUCAGUGGGCAAUGUGGCUCGAGCCCUGGUCACUCUGAUCCAGAAAGGCGAAAAUGGCGCCGUUUGGGUCACCGAGAACGAACAACCACCCUAUGGCAUCGACUUCCCCCCUAUCAGUACCGUGGACCUCCAUUUAUGAAGACAACUGCUUACUUUAUUUAAUUACCGAUACACUCCACAUACGAUAUUAAAAUCCAUACUG